UUGUGUUGAUUUUUAUAUGUAGUGCUUUCCUCGCUCUCUACUGACGACCUUGAAGGAGGUUUACCAUUCAUUCUGCAAAAACUAAAAGGUUAUAUAGCUCUUCUGCAAUUGCAAAUUUCAAUAUUCACAUUGAUUGCAUUCCAUUCCAUUCCAUGGGAAAACUUAGCAAGCAAACACCUAAAUCCGAAGAACUCAAUCUCGAUGCCCUUCCAUGGAAUUCUUCGCUCUCUAUUACUAACAACCUUGAAGGAGGGUUUUUGUCAUUGGAAGAGAUUGACGAGUCCCAGUACAAUUUGACGAUUCCUGAUUCUGGAAAAGAAGUAGAAGUUAAUUUGAAGAAAAGGAAGCGAGUAGUUGAAGACAAAGUUGAUGAUGGUAACAUUAAGAUUGAUGAAGAAAAGAAGAAGAAGAAGAAAAAGAAGAACAUGACGAAAAAUGUACCAACUCAAGUUUUCGAGACCAACGUUGACGAGUUAAUGGAUGAAGAUGAAUUCAAUGCUUGGCAUGAGCUGAGGCUUCACCCACUUCUUAUGAAAGAAAUAUACAAGCUUGGAUUUAAGCAGCCAACAGCAAUUCAAAAGGCCUGUAUUCCUGCCGCUGCUCAUCAGGGAAAGGAUGUUAUUGGUGCUGCAGAGACUGGUUCUGGGAAGACUCUUGCUUUUGGUUUGCCCAUCUUCCAACGCCUUCUUGAUGAGCAAGAAAAGGUGGUGAACAAACAGACCCUAGAAGAUCUGGAUGUUGCUGAGAUAAUCGCACCAAGAGGCCUGUUACGAGCUUUAAUAAUAACCCCUACAAGGGAACUUGCCCUACAGGUUACUGAUCAUCUCAAAGCAGCAGCGAAAUCUACCAAAUUUCGGGUGGUUGCUAUUGUUGGUGGGAUGUCAACAGAGAAGCAAGAGAGGCUUUUAAAAGCUAGGCCUGAAAUUAUUGUUGGCACACCUGGUAGGCUGUGGGAACUUAUGUCAGGAGGAGAGAAACACCUUGUUGAGUUACAUUCAUUGUCUUUCUUUGUGCUGGAUGAAGCAGAUCGGAUGAUUGAGAAUGGACAUUUUCAUGAGUUACAGUUCAUAAUUGACAUGCUUCCUGCAAAUAGUGGAGCUAUUGAGAAGUGUUCCCAGGAUGUGCAGAAUUGCACAACUGUCUCUAGCUUCCAGAGGAAAAAACGUCAAACUCUAGUGUUUUCUGCAACAAUUGCAUUAUCUGCCGACUUCCGUAAAAAGCUAAAACGUGGAACCGUUAAACUAAAACAGUCAGCAACGUAUGGAUUGUCAUCUCUAGAAGCUUUAUCAGAAAGAGCAGGAUUGAGACCUGAAGCUGCAAUUUUUGAUUUGACCAGUGAAUCAAUAAUGACUAGCAAUCUUGUGGAGUCCUUUCUUGAGUGUAGUGAAGAAGACAAGGAUGCCUACUUGUAUUACAUGUUGCGUGUUCAUGGCCUAGGCCGGACAAUUGUUUUCUGCUCAAAAAAUAAUGCCUCACGUCAUGUUGCUGCCCUUUUAAGCACCCUUGACAUCAGUGUUUCUGUCCUUAAUGGUGAGAGGCAGCAGCGAGCUCGAUUAAAGGCACUUGAUAACUUUCGCAAGAAUAAGAAUGGAAUACUUGUAGCUAGUGAUGUUGCUGCCAGAGGACUGGACCUACCUGGAGUUCGUAUGGUUAUCCACUAUCAGCUUCCACGUUCAGCAGAAGUUUAUGUCCAUAGAAGUGGACGAACUGCUAGAGCUUCUACUGAUGGAUGCAGUAUAUUACUAGUCUCAUCAAAUGAGAGAUCAAAAUUUCCCUUUCUGUGCAAAUCUUUUGGCAAGGAUACUCUUCAGCGUUUUCCUAUUGAUGACUCUUACAUGCCAGAAGUUAGGAAGCGGUUAUCUCUUGCACGUCAAAUAAUUAAGAUUUCAUUGAAAGACUCAAAGGAAAAAGUAAAGGACAGCUGGAUCAAACGCAAUGCUGAGUCAAUAGGACUAGAUAUGGAAGAAAAUGACAGUGAAGAAGAAAGAGUUGACAAAUGCAGGCAAAAGAAAUCUACCGUAAUGCAGUUGAAGAAACUCCAGCAGGAGCUCAACGUGCUGCUAUCACGUCCACUGCAGCCAAAGUCCUUUUCGCAUCGCUUCUUGGCUGGGGCUGGUGUUUCCCCUAUGCUGCAGCAUCAACUAGAAGAGAUAGCUCAGCAGAAAGGGAGCAACGACAGAAGUCUAAAAGAUAACAAAAGGAAUUUAGUUAUGAUUGGUCAGGUUUGUGUAGAGCCUCUCCAGGCACUUCGGAAUCGGAGGGCUGGUCCUGAGGCAUGCCUGAAUAUGAAUAUCAAUGAUCUCGCAGAGAAGCACCGAGACAUGGAGAAGUUGAGAAGAAAACGAAAAGAGGCCAAAAGAAGAGACUGCCACUUGAUCCCCCUCCCUAUGGUUUUUUAAAGAUUUGUUGGCUGUCACAUUUGAUAAACAAUUUCACUCUUUGUUUUGUACCAUCAGGGGUACAAUGUUGUAAUGUUGAACAACUGCUGAUUUUCUUUCUUUUGCUUUUAUCUGUGGUCUGUGAUAACUUUCUAUAUGCAGAUUUGAUUAUUGUUCAUGGUGCUUACUUUCAUUAUUGUUUCUUGCUUUCAUCACUGACAAAUCUACAUGGUUUGUGCUGAGGUUUGAUAUUCUCUAUCUUGUUUUUGAUUGAUGACAAAAGGGGGAAGAGAAUGCACAAACUUAAGAGGAGCUGUGUGAAUUGACAGUUACAUAUCUCAAUUGAUUCAUAUUGAUUCAAUUAUGGAAGAUAAUGUGUUGUAUGCAAGGAUCAUGCUGCUA